AUGCGUUGGGAUACAAAGCUUUCUUCUCUCUCUUCAGUGACUGGAUCUAAUAUUUCAGCAUCAAAAGGUUCUGUAUUAGAUAAAGGUAAAAGUAGACAGAUAAAACCUAAGGUUGGAAAAUGUAGUGAAAUGGUUCGGAAUGACGUGGAAUCAACAUCGAUUAUUUUUAAAGAAUGGAUACUUAAACCUCAAGUGAGACCUUUUCAAGGAAUUCUACCUGAUAAAUUCUUGAACCUCGUCCGUGCAUCUAUCUGGGCCUCACCCAGUCCUUGUUCACGUAUCGAAUUAGAAACAAGAGUAUCGUUUCUCAGUGGAUUAGAUAUCAUCAAGAUGCCUGAGAAUUUAGAUUCUGGCUUUAGACAGUACGUGAAAUUAGGAUGCUGGACGCUUAAGGAUAUAUGUUCUAUUACUAUUACUGUAAUGCAACCAGAUAUUGCUACCAUGUCAGUAGAAUAUGAUAAGGAUUUGGUAGGACUUGUAUCUCAAUGGAUAUCUCAUAUAGAUAUUGUAUCUCAGUCGACAUCUAGAAGUAACAAGGCUAGUGCAUUUAGAUUUAGUACAUCAGGUAGAGCUGUUGGAAGACUCAUUCCAACUGUAACUCAGAUCAUGGAAGCUGAUAACAUUGAAUUUAAGCCUAUAUUUAUAAAUAUGUCUCAUUCCUCGUUGUUAUUUACUUUAAAGUAUAAGGAUAAACUUUACACAUGUAGACCAACAUCUGAAACUCUAAAUUUAUUCUAUAGCCAUGGCAAAAUGAGAGAUCUUUUAACUAGAGGUGAUGGAUCUCUCAGUGUCUAUCAAUGGAAUAAAUUUAACAGAAAUUGCACUCAUCUUACGCUUUCUCAGAAUGGUGAAAUAUCAAUUCUCGGAUCUGUUGAGAUAGUUGAAGAUGUUGUAAGUAAUUUUAAAGAGCUAAUUUACUCAUCGAUGAGAUCUGUUCAUAAUAUUACCAUGCUAAUUGAUACAUCGCAAGUAGUAGAGUAA